AUGCGCCCAACCCGGAAGCCACGACGGCAAAAGAUGGACUACUUCCGAAAUUUUCUUGGGACUCCUCAAGGAGGAGAUCAACCAACUGGGGCAGAAACGGUUGAGCGACUGACAGAGCGAGCCACCUCCUCCACCCUGCUAGAAGACAGGCGUGGUGCAAUCAGGGCCCUUAAGUCUCUGUCAAAGAAAUACCGCCUAGAAGUUGGCACACAGUCUAUGGGAGUAUUGAUCAAUGUAUUGGAACAGGACAGAAAUGAUGCUGAGAUCACAGGGUAUGCUCUGGACACGUUGUGCAAUGUCAUGUCCAACGAGCCGUCAGAGGAUGAUGAUGAAAUGCCAUCACACGUUCCAAGUGAACUAGGUGGUCAGUUUACAGAAAUCUUCAUCAAGCAGUCAGAGAAUGUGUCGCUUCUGCUCUCUCUCUUGGAGGAGUAUGACUUCCAUGUGCGCUGGCCGACGGUGAAGCUGCUGACCGUCCUGCUGACCAACAAGAGCAAGCACCUGCAGGAAUGCAUCCUGGUCAGCCCCAUGGGCGUGUCCAAACUCAUGGACCUGCUGUCCGACAGCCGUGAGAUCAUCAGGAAUGAUGCGCUGUUGUUAUUGAUUCAACUCACGAAGGGGAACGCCAACAUUCAAAAGAUUGUUGCAUUUGAGAAUGCAUUUGAACGUCUAAUCGAGAUCAUCCGAGAUGAAGGCAACAGUGAUGGUGGUAUUGUCGUGGAAGAUUGUCUUCUCUUGCUUCUUAAUUUACUCAAGAACAACGUUUCAAAUCAGAAUUUUUUCAAAGAGGGUAGCUAUGUUCAGAAGCUAGAGCCGUAUUUUGAGUUGGACGCAGGUCAGCAGAACACCCAGGGGGGCUGGUCAGCUCAGAAAGUUACCAACAUUCACCUGAUGCUGCAAUUGGUACGAACAAUGGUUUCUCCCAACAACCCUCAGCAGCAGACGACUUCCUGUCAGAGGGUCAUGAACUCAUGUGGGCUUCUGAAGAAGUUGUGCUCGAUAUUGAUGGCUAGCGGCGUCCCUGCAGAUGUCCUGACAGAGACAAUCAACACUGUGUCGGAGGUUAUCCGAGGGAACCCAGCCAACCAGGAAUACUUCGCCUCAGUUCUUGCUCCCUCGAACCCACCCAGACCGGCCAUUGUUGUGUUGCUGAUGUCGAUGGUGAAUGAGAAGCAGCCCUUCCUGUUGCGGUGUGCGGUGUUGUACUGCUUCCAGUCCUUCCUGUACAAGAACGAAGUGGGGCAGUCCCAGAUUGUACAGACUCUCCUCCCCACCACGGCAGACGUGAACACCAUCACAGCUGGUCAGUUGCUGUGUGGAGGUCUGUUCAGCGGAGACUCGCUGUCCAACUGGUUUGCCGCGACGGCCAUGUUGCACGCCAUCCUGGAGAACCCCACCCAGAAGGAGCAGCUGCUCCGUGUCCAGUUAGCCACCUCCCUUGGCAACCCCCCCGUCUCCCUGCUGCAGCAGUGCUGCAACAUGCUGGCACAGGGUGGCAAGGUGCAGACACGGAUCGGGCUACUCAUGCUGAUGUGUGGCUGGAUGUCUAACUGCACCAUCUCCGUCUCCCACUUCCUGUCCAACUCUGCCAACGUGCCUUAUCUGAUAUCCCAAGUGUCCGGCUCUGAUGGGGACGAGCAGGAGACAUUGGUCCAGGGAUUGUGUGCCAUCCUUCUCGGCAUUUGUAUACUCUUCAAUGAUGAUCAGACAGAUUCUUUCACCAAGUCCUCGCUUCGUCAGAUUAUUGAAAAAAGAAUCGGACUGGAGGCCUUCACCGAUCGACUUUCCCAGGUGUUGAAGCAUGAAAGUUAUACAAGGGCUGCCAAGAGGCCCCACCUCAACCACAAGCAGCCUAAUGAGGUUCUGUUUGAUUAUGAAUACACAAGGCUAUUCAAAUACUUAGAAAAUGAAGUUUUGCGAAAUUUAUCGGACGACAGCAGCACACCAGAGGGAACUAAGAAGGCAGCUAGUAUACAUGAACACGAGAAGAUCGUGGAAAAGUACAAGGGGCUUAUUACAGAACAGGAUCAGCAACUACAGCAGGUUCGGCAAGAACUAGGAGAGGUCCAGACUAGCUAUACGUUGGCAAAUAAAGAAUUGUCCGAACUCCGAGAACAGGUGCAGCAGUUGAAGGACCAGAACGCUCUCUACAAAGCCAAGAAAGGUUCGAAGGAUCCCCAGGUGGAUGGGAAGAAGGAUGAGGAGAUUGCAGGACUACAGAAGAAUGUAUCUGAACUGAAGGAAUCAUUACAACAGAGAGAUACACAGAUUGAUAGGCUGAAAAAUGACCUGACAGUGGCCGAGGCGCGAGUCAUCGAGCAGAGCGGAGAAGAGGAUAAAGAAAAUAACCCUAACGAAGCAGCAGUGUUGCAAGCCACGCUUAAUAGAUUGAACAUUGACCAUGAGGAAGUGAAACGCACAGUAGCAGACCGAGACUUAGAACUUUCAUCACUUAAAUCCCAGUUAGAAGCGGCAAAUAAACAAGUAGAAGAAUUAAAACAACAAGUAACAGAAGUAUCAAACACGCCCUCAGGGGGAGACAACUCAGAUAUGCAAUCCAAAAUAGAUUCUCUUCAAGAGGAAAACAAAAAAUUACAAGAAAGAGUGAGAAAAUCAAAUGAAGAAAGCUUAAACAACAUAGAAAAAGUGCGAGUGCUGGAGGAGGAGAAGGAGCUGCACCAGGUGGACAAGGCGGAGGUGCAGGAGGAGCUGGAGACCAUCAAGAAGGAGCAGGAGGACCUUCUGGUCCUACUGGCGGACAAUGAUUCUCAGAUAGCUUCCUACAAGGCCAAGCUCAAGGAACUGGGGCAUCCUGUUGAUGAAGAUGAGGAUGAUGAAGACUUAGAUGACCUCGCUGACGACGAUGAUUAUGAUGGAGGCGAUGAUUGACCGGAAUGUACCUAGUGGCAGCGUACCAGGGGUGCUUCGCGUGCCUCGGAACAUACCAUAUAAGGAUGUGCUGAAUCCACAUUGAACCGUGGUGCAUAGGCCUAACUAGUCAUGUGAUACUGUCACGUGACUGCAGAAAGUUUGAUUCGGUUGGAUCUGUCAGUUGUUGAUAUAAAUGUUCAAUUAAUUAUGUCACCUGAUUGAUACAACUUUAUCUGAUUGCCAUGGUAACUACUUUGAUAACCAUGUUUCCUGAUUGGUAUGAUAACACUGGUUAAGCCUUCAAGCUAUCUGAUUGGUCAAGUCAUUAAGUUAGCUGUUAGCUUAAGUCUCCAAGUUAUCUGAUUGCUUAAAGCAUCCAUGUUCUCUUAUUUGUUAAGCAAAAGGAAUUACUAUAUAGCUUUACCUGAUGUUCAGUGAUAACAUUGCCUGUAGUUUGAAUGGCUUAAGACUAUAGUGUGGAUCCAAACUUUCAGUGGGGUCACGUUUCCUAAUAUAUUGAUGAGAAAUCAACUGCUACUGAAAGUACAGUACUAGUUUAUAGGCAACCCGAGGAAAGGUCCACGGUAAAACAUUGGUUGAUGUUGCUGGUGGCUCAGUGCCAGCAGAGUGAGGGAGUGAGUGACAUCUUCUCUCCGGGCUGAUGCCAUAGCUCUGUUGGGUCGACAGAUAUAUUCUGUAUUUCACAGAUAUCAGGACCAAGACAGAGGAAGAGACUUUAGUGUUAAGUUUUUACUUUAUUGAAAGUAAUGUCAAUAUAUAAUGACCUCUAAAUUUGAAAUAAAAUGGAACUUUAAAAAGAAAUUCCAAUUUUGAACAAAAUAAGACUUCCCUGCGCUAGUUUGCUUGCCAAGGGCUCAUAGUUUGGCAUGCUAGAUAAAUCCCUGAUGACAUAUUACCACGACAAUACACCUCACCAUCCUUUCAUGACAAACACACCAAAUGAUGACGAUGCAUCGGACAUUAGGAUUUACUGUCAGGGCAGCUCAGAUACGAGGCACCUGUAUCUUAGCACACAAUGUUACCGUGUACAUUAAAAACUGUUCAUGCAUUCGUGAAUCCAAAAUAAUUGACUUAAUUCUGUCCAUGUAUAGUUUAUAUCUACAAAAAUGUAACCUGUUAAAUUUAUUUUUGUAUCGGAAGCUCUUUAGUCAAGAUGUAUCAGGGUGUGGAUGUUGUGAGGUAUAUUGGUGUAUUAGGCUUUGUGCUUUGUAUGGCUGUAUGUUCCCUUCUACCAUUACCAGUUGAAGCACAUUGCCAAAAGGACAAAUUCAUUGUCAUUUCUUUAUCAAUGUACUCCCAGCUUUAUGUAUACUGCUCAAAAGAAGUUAAAGAACACCCAUUUUGUUUCCUGUGACUAUAGAUAAUCGGUCAUGGCCAUGACAGAUUAACAAUAGUCAUAUGGAAAAAUUGGGUGUUCUUAACUUCUUUUGUUUGUAUAUUGCUCUAAGGUAAGAGCAACCAAGUUUCUCAUUAAGUCAUCAUUUGUUUAUUGAUACAGGUUUGUUUUAAUUAUUACGCACAUUUGAUUGGAAUUUACGUUCUACCAGUGUACUUUGUAUGAUAUUUGUAAAUAGCUGAUGUAAUCACAUAGUGAUACUGUUAUUUAAUUUAUAUUAUAAAUGUGUAUGCCAGGUUGAUGAUGUCAUCGUAAGCGAAUAUAGGCAUCACAUGGUCACCCUUAUAGUAUGUCCGAAUUAUUUAUUAAGAUGUGAAAUGUCCAUCUUAUCCAGUUAUUUUAUGACUAACAUGUUCUUGUAUAAAAUAUACUGAACAAAAGUGUUAGGGAUCAUGAAUCUGUGAGAGAUAUUUCUUUAGUAGUGAAGACUUAGCAUUCAAUUUCAUAAAAAUAUCCUCAGAAAAUUCAUAACCUUUUUUUUUCUGUUCAGUAUAUGUACUCCAGCUUACACUUAAUCACAGAUCAACAUAGUCUAUGACAAGUUUACGUGUGUGUUAACUAAAUGCACGAUUAUGAGCAAAUGUAGAGAAUGACGAUGCUGUAGCCAACAUGUUCAGUGCCCUCCUCGUACUCCCCUACUUUUGGAUGCUAUUAGGAUUGCUUUAUCAUUAAUAGUAUCUCCUUCGGUCCAGCUGUCAUCGUCCCUAAUCUGACGUAUGUUCUGUAAAGAAAAACAUCAUUUGAUAAUUGAAAUUUCGUAAAUCCUCUGGUAAUGAAACAAGUUAACAGAGGACAUAUUUUACUUUCUUCAGUUAUUCAAUUAAAUUUUUGUGUGCUCAAGUCAAUAAGUUUCCCAAAUACAAUAUCUUUAUCAUUUGUAUUUCUCCAGCUUGUUUUCCUCCCGAUAAAAAGCUAUACCCUAGUAAAACAUAAAACAUGAAACAUAGAUGCACAACUUAGAAGAUGCCUGCCAUGGAUGGAAAUGACUAGCCAGCAAGCCCCGAUUGGUUUUGUUAAUGUUAAAGGUAUCCUAAGGGCUAGAAUUUCAAACAUUUUUUUGGGGGGGGUUAUUGCUUUAUGUUAUCAAUACUCUCUGGCUAGUAGACAUUCUUGGUUUAUUUACAUCCAUGUCUGCUAUCUAAUGUGCUAUGCAGUAUGUGUCAUACAAUUCAUGUCUAAGUUGCUUUGACCUAUAUUUGAGAAUAAUCUAUACAUCUCAACAAUAAUUAUUGUUGUGAACUGUAAAUCAUAUUUUCUAUUUUCAUCAAAGAUCUUGCUAUUUGUCCAUAGCCAUAAUGUCACCUCACCACCAUGUUGGUCGUCCCCCUGUAGGCGAUGUGAGGACCACGUUAGUGUGUGUACAGUUGUGAGUGUAUCUGUGUAUGAGGGUGCUGUGUACAUACAAGUCUUGAAUGUGGAGGAGUCCGCGCACUCAUCAUGGGAAUAAAUGGCUGUUGAGAAGCGA